UAUGUUUCGCCGUUUUCCCCAUCUCCAUUUACGCCAGCGUUUCGUUUUCCAUUUCUGUCCGCCUCGUCCUGCGCGCACACGCUCACAGUCGACUGACUGACCUGUCCCUGGCGUCCCGGUCGUUCGACUGCUCUUGACUGCUUGCCUGACUCUUUGCGCGAGCAGGACUAGAACCCGCCGGAACCCAUCCAAGCCAUGACCUUCGUAUAGCGUCCGGCUUGGAUCUGUCACCCGUCGCUCUGGUCAUUCUACUACUUGUAGAAGAGUCCCCAAUGCACCUCGAGUUGGAUCGUGAUCACGCCAGGACCCGUCUUGUCUACAGCAACGCGUGAAGGACUGAGUCAAAUGGCAGGGAAGCACAGCGCUAUAAUCACGGUAAGUACAAGUACCAACCCACCUGGUUCCUGCUUGCUACUCCCAGUCUGUGGACGUCUAGGAGAUCGAUUGCAAGCGAACGCGACAUGUCAUCCAGCAUUGUGUUACGAAUACCGCCUCUCGACGUCGUCGCGGUGUGCGAAGACAAAGACGGACGACAGCAUGAAUUCAUCGACCGGGCAUUUAAGUUCAGCAGUGCGCAUCUAGCGCCAAAAUCAUUUUGUCUCCGUCUCAGCGAUACUGUCAGUGGUGGUGACUGCGAUGACACUGUUAUCUACCUGCAAAUCACACCCGAACAUCUCGAUUCGAUGAGCUUUGAGUUUUGCAGAUCGAAUGAUGCAAGACUACCACACUUGGACAGUGUGCGUCGUCAACAGGGCUGCAAGGGCGACCUGGCUCGUCUUCGGUUCCAGCUGCGUGAUAGUAUUCACGCACAGUUUAUCGUGCCGAAGAAUUUCCCUGACUAUGAGGCUCUCGACAGUCCGGCUCGAUGCACCUUUGAUAUCGUCGCCUCGCUCGCGGUCUCUCCGUCGUUCUCCUUGUAUCUUCCGGCCAACAAACUGUCGAAGCAGCUGCUCAAUAGUUGCGUCAAUGCUGUUAAGAAUUUUCCGACCUUGACAGGCAAAGAGCUUUCGUCAUAUCAACGAGCGGUGGAUCUGCAUAGACUAUACCGUGGUACUGGUGGCAAGGUGCUCGCCACUGGUGAUUACAAUCGUAGCGCCCGGGCAGAUAAGCAGCGGAACAGAUCUACUUCACCAGUGACUACUGAGUCAUGUGCCACGACAGUCGACUUCGACACCGUCCCGCGUCAUCAGGGCUCACCCCCUGAGUACGGCGAAUGCGUCACCGAGGGAAAGAAAUCCCGGACGAUCUCAAAUGAUGCAGCCAAUUUCGUCGAAAAGUCCAUUGUUGACUGUGCACCGCCGAAGUACAGCGAGACCGAGCAGUCGCGCAAUGUGUCAGGUGCUUCCAAACGCGUAUGGCAAUGUGGAAAUGAGGACGUGCUCCUGCACCCAAGCCCCAAAAGAGUGCUUUCACAGGAUUCAUUUACCACGAUAUCUGCACCGGCUGCGAUGGGAAACGCUCGACGCCUUGAAACAAAGCUGAGACCUGAAUCAGACGAUGCGGACAUCAAUGAUCAUAUACUGCUUCGUAACUUGAUGCGUCAGAUUAAACAGCAAGAAGAACAGAUAAAGUACCUACGGCAGGACCAACAGAGCAAGCAAAGACGACAAGAAAAAAUCAUCAAGCAACUACAGGAUGACGUCGAAAAAUUGCGGCGGUAUAAUACGGACCUUGAGGGACGUUAUCGUGCGCUAGAGGAGAUGUAUGAUGAUCUUGCACAACGACAAGAUCAGGCUGAGGGGGCCUUGGAGAGCCUCGACGUUCACUUUGGUGAGCUGGAAGGGUUUUGCGGCAAACUGGACCAGCAAAUUCCAAAUGUCUCGGACGAAUUGGAAGACUUGGUGAGGGUCAAAAUGAGCGACAUGUGGGGAGAAUACAUGGGCGACUCGAUGGAGCAUUUGGGCGACUUGGUGAAAGAGCAUAUUGAAAAUUUAUUUAGCGAGUACAUGGGCAAAGAGAGUGACGGGAAUCUGGGUGGACGGCUGAGAGAGUAUGUGCGUAAGAAUGUCACGACUCAGAUGGCCGAAAUGAAAGCGAAGAUGCGUGAGGCUCUACAAGAGUAGAGAUACUACUAUUUGGGCACGUGCAAAAGCCGAGUAUUGGUUUCGGUGUUUUGAUAGCAAGUCUACUAAUUAACUACACCAUCCAAGCAGCUAAUACGACUUGAUACUGUCGCAGGCGCUUCGUGUAAAGUAGUGGUUAAUAAAGGCGAGAUGCGACAC